AUGCUUAUUAGAGGUACAAUUAUCAGACAAUAUUGUUUCUUGUCUGCUGCUAAUAAUGGAGUUCGAGUUCGAUUCGCUCCUUCUCCAACUGGCAGUCUUCAUCUUGGGAGCUUAAGAACUGCUCUAUAUAAUUAUUUAUUCGCUAAAGCUAACAAAGGAAAGUUUAUUUUGAGGAUAGAAGAUACUGAUCGUGAAAGAUGCAAACCAGAAUACCCAGAAGAGUAUGACAGAAUCCUCAAACGCUAUGGUUUUUCAUGCGAUGAAAGUCCAUUUAUUGGUGGACCUUAUGGUCCAUAUUUUCAGUCACAGCGUCGAAAUUUAUAUUUAGAAGAAGCUAAAAAAUUAAUGGAUAGUGGAAUGGCCUAUCGAUGUUUUUGUAGUCCGGAGAGAUUAGAAAUGGUGCGGAAAGAUGCUUUAAGGCGAGGUGCAAUUGCAAUGUACGAUAAUCAUUGUCGAAAUUUGACUUAUACUGAGGUUGAAGACAAAUUGAAAAAGGGUUUACCACAUGUAAUUCGUUUCAAACUCGAUCUGGAUGAUGUUGUUUUUUACGACCAGACCUUUGGAGAAAUAUCGCACCAGAUUAGUGAGGGAGAUUUUAUCAUUAUAAAAUCCGAUUCCUAUCCAACAUACCACAUGGCGAAUGUUGUUGAUGAUCGUGCAAUGUGUAUUAGUCAUGUAAUACGUGGUAUGGAGUGGAUCUCUUCUACAGCGAAACAUUUAAAGUUAUAUAAGGCAUUUGGUUGGUCUCCUCCUGAAUGGAUUCACUUGCCACUUAUUUUAAAAACUAACAAUAAAAAGCUCUCGAAAAGGGAUGAGAGCGCAUUUGUAAAAUAUUACGAUGAAAAAAAAGGUUAUUUGCCAGUCGCUGUUCUUAAUUUUUUAAUUCGCAAUGGCAGUGGAAUAAAGGAUUUCGAUUCUGAUCAUCUUUACUCUUUAGAAGAAAUGAUCGAAAAUUUCAGCGUUGAAUCGAUUGGAAAGAGAAAUCUUUUGAUGGAUAAUACGGUAUUGAACAAAUAUGGAAGUUUAGCAUUUCGAAAUGUUGGUGUAAAAGAAAUUUUAUUACCAGAAUUACAAAAAUACCUUUGUAAAUCACAGAUGGAUACUUCAUUUGAUUUAAUCCAUGAUGAAAGUUACAUUGAAAAAAUUAUUAAUUUUUUACGCCUUAAUGAAGAAUCGUUUGCUUGUUUUUCUCAAUUAACUGAUGGUGAUUUCAAAUUUUUUUUCUCUAUUCCACAAUCGUGUGAAAGAAUCCUACAAAACUUUUCCACAAAUUUAGUUUCAAUGAUUUUAAGCGAUUUAAAUGAAUUAAAAGAUUUGAAUUUAAUGGAACUGAAGAAAAUCGCUGAUAAAUACGGAUUAACUCAUAGUAAAAUAAUGCAUUUAAUGCGAUUAACACUUAUUGAUAAUCAAUCCGGCCCGCCUAUAAAAGAAUUGUUUGAUUUUUUUGGUAAUGAAUUAUGUCACGAACGUAUAAAAAAAAUGAUUUCUUUGAUAAAGAAUGUCUAA